GUGAUAAGAAGAAUAAAAGGAUAUUGGAAUUUGUGUGGAAAAAUAGAUCAUAUAAAAAUGCACAAUAUGAGCAUAUGAAGGGAUUAAUCGGAGGAACCAAAACAAUUAAACUUAGUAUAAAGAAAACCUAUACGUACAAACAAAUACAAGGCCUAGCAGUAAAUGCUAUGAUAAUCAAGCGAAAUAAGUCGUAUUUCAAAGAUGUGAUUAUCGAACUUGGAACGUUUGAUAAUAAUUCCUUCGUAACUUUUACAAAUGCAGAUGGAAAAUCAUAUGAUUAUUGGGAAUUCUCGCACAAGAUUCGCUAAAAGAGUCGCCACUGUUGUAAGUUGUACAUAUUUACAACAGAGAUAGAAAAUGUUUCUAACGAUUCACAGAUUUCCUCCACUCCUCUAAAAAAAUUCUAAUAACAUAGAAGGCAAAUCAUGAAUUGUGCAAUCGGAGCAAAGUAAUGUCAGCGAAAUAUGUCUGAAACCUUUAAGUGCUGUGGCAAGCACGCGUAACAGUGUAAAAAAAGCAGCGAAGCCUACGUUUGCACUCUCUACUACUAGUUCAGUAGCUAGUAAUCCAAAUAGUCUGUUAAUAAAGCCAAUAGAUUCGACUAUGUCAGCAAUCGCAUCGCCUAAAUACAGUGCUUAUCUUCCGUCUAAUCAAUGACCGUUACAAUUGCAAUCACAUAGCCAAUUAAAUAGUGUAAACUACAAAUUCAACAGCGAUGCGAAAAUAGCAAUAUUAAUCCCAGAAAGACAAGCAACAAGUUAUACUCCAGAAAAAUCAGAACUAGAUACUCUAAGACUGUCAAUACCAAUCAUUAACACGGAAGAAGUAAUUUUACAAAGUACAUGCUCACGCAGAAGAUUUGGCACAGUUAAUGUUGGAAUAUAGCAUAACGUGGAGGUGGCUGUUAAGAGGGUGAAAAUAUUUAAUAAUAAUAAGUAUAUUUUACGUGAAGUACAAAUUAUGGAUAGGAUAAGACACCCCAUUGUUAUUUCUAUUAUGACUGUAGGAUUCAAUCCGGUGAAUUUUUAUAUAGUAAUGGAGCAUUUUAAAAGCUCAGAUUUGAGAAAAAUACUUCGAAGUACUCGAAAAGAUGUCAAGUAUCAAUUGUCUGACGAGCAUAAGAUUUAUAUCUUGUCACAAUUGUGUAAAGCAAUUAGUUUCUUACAUCAACUAUCAGUACCUAUUAUACAUAAAGAUUUAAAACCAGAAAAAAUACUGGUCAAUGAAGAAGGCGAUACCAAGAUUUGUGAUUUAGGCUUGAGCAAGUGCGAUGACUUGCCCUCUGCACUUCACACGACAGUUGGCAGAAACCGUAAAAUCAUAUAUUCGUACAUGGCACCAGAAAUUUUGGUGCAUAAUGAACCUACUACAACUAAGUCAGACGUUUGGUCACUAGCGUGUAUUAUUCAUAAAGUUUAUACUGGAGAGGAAACGUGGGAAGCUCAUUUACGCACCACAAAAGGCAGCUUCAGUACAAUAAGUGACAAAUUGAAGAAAAUAUUUGAAUUAAAGAAAAAGCCAGACCUAUCAGAGGUACCACAGUAAAUUAAAUUCAUUCUAUAACUAUGUUUUGUUCAAAACAAACAAAUGAGACCAAAAGCUGGUACUCUGUUAGAUCUAUUCCAUUGUAUGAACAUGAAGACUUAAAACUCAUAACAUAAUUUUUUUUUUAUGUUAGUUUCUUUGUUUCAUUAUUCUUGAGUGAGAAACUUUAAAACCAUUCAAUAUAAAUUUAUAUUUCAGUAGACUUGACAUGAGUGAUCGUAAUAUUUUAUGUUUAUGCAAUCAUAAUUGCCAAAAUAACGCACGAAAUUAUGUUAUAAGAAAGUGUCUGUUGACAAAAUUGAAUUCACUGAGAAGAUAUAAAUAAAAAAAAUUAUUUAGUUAAUACAAAAAUUGUUUUUUACAAUAAUACUUAUAAGGAAUCAAAUACCAAAAAUGACUUAGUGAUAUAAUUUAUUGAUAAUUAAUUAAAUGAAAACGACUGAAUUAUUUAAUAUUAUUAAAAGUGAUAAUUUAUUGUACAGAGACAGUAUUGUAUCGAUUAAAUAUUGUCAACAAUUAUAGAUUCGUUUUGUCAGUUCUAUCAUCGCUAAAAUAAGAGAUACCAUUAUUGUACUGGAUCUAUAAUAAAGUCAGAAAAAAUAA